AUGAAACUGAAUCACUUGCGACUUUUUGUGGUCUACUAUUCGCUUACAGCAAUAUUGCUACAAAUUAGUCUAACGUUUGCUACAGAGUUAACGUGGGACUACAAUGGCUACAUUUUAUAUUGUCCUUGCAUGGGUAAUAAUUGUAUCAACUUUCCUUGUAAACAUUGUAACGUUUGCUACUCCGGUGUCUUUUGAAUCGUGAUCUGGUGAUGUGUAGGCUAUGGUUUAUUUAACUUUUAUUAAUUCACGCAGAUUUUAAUGUAUUUGUGCUAUCUAACUUUUUAUUUUACAAAUAUACAUUUAGUGAUUAGACCAGCUAACUUCGUAGUUGAAGUUGGAGUAGCUAUAGCCUAGCCAAUUCAAAUAAUUAAUUGCUAAUGCCAAUUUGGUUCCUCAGCUCGAUUUGGAAACCAAGCCGACUACUUUCUGGGGUCUUUGGCAUUCGCCAAAAUGCUGAAUCGCACACUGGCAGUUCCCCCCUUCAUAGUGUACCGCCACCACGCGCCUCCAUACUCAAAUGUAGAUUCCGAAAUCACGUUUCCUGAUGUUGAUCUCAUCAGUCCUUUGCUUUUAAAUCCAUGAAGGGGAUGUGAACAAGGGCACACGUAGGGAGAAAAGACAGAGAAAUGAGACGCAGGAAGGAUCCAAUCUCACACUCACAGCUGUGUCCCCCUUUUAACAGGUACAUGUCCCCUACAGUGAGUUCUUCCAGCUGGAGGCCCUGACCCACUACCACCGUGUGUGGUAAGCGUAGAUGACUUCAUGAAGUAACUUGCCCCAACACUCUGGCCUAAGGGACAAAGGGCAGCCUACUGCUUUGAGUCAGCCUCCCAGAGGAGUGUAGACGAGAAGUCCUGCCCCAUGAAGGUGAGUGUUGUGAUUGAGGUGCAUAGAGUCAGAGAUGAUUUGCUGUCUACCGUUGUUUAGGUAUUGAGCCUAGUUACCAAAAGAAUAAACUUUGAAACUGGUCAGAGAGAUUGUUUGAAAGCUAGGUCCUGGAACAGAGGCUAUAGCUUUUGCUCUGUCUUUUAUAUAAUUCAAUUCCUUUCUUGUAAACUAAUUCGUUGAUUUGGUGUUGUUCAUGCCAAUGAAAAGAAUGCCAUGGCACAGUAAAACACUGCCCCCUGGUGGACUGUUACUAUAACUGUAUUUUACCCACAAAUCUCUCACAUACCGUCUAUACUAAACAAAAAUAUAAAUGCAACAUGUAAAGUGUUGGUCCCAUGUUUCAUGAGCUGAAAUAAAAGAUCCCAGAAAUGUUUCAUAAGCACAAAAAGCUUAUUUCUCUCAAAUUAUGUGCACAAAUAUGUUUACAUCCCUGUUAGUGAGCAUUUCUCCUUUGCCAAGAUAAUCCAUCUACCUGACAGGUGUGGCAUAUCAAGAAGCUGAUUAAACAGCAUGAUCAUUACACAGGUGGACCUUGUGCUGGGGACAAAAGGCCACUCUAAAAUCUGCAGUUUUGUCACACAACUCAAUGCCACCUAUGUCUCCAUUUUUAGGGAGCGUGCGAUUGGCAUGCUGACUGCAGGAAUGUCCACCAGAACUUUUUGCCAGAGAAUUGAAUAUUAAUUUCUCUACUAUAAGCCAAAUCCAACGUUGAUUUAGAGAAUUUGGCCUCACAACCGCAGACCGCGUCGUUUUCUGAUGUCAACAUUGUGAACAGAGUGCCCCAUGGUGGCGGUGGAGUAAUGGUAUGGGCAGGCAUAAGCUACGGACAACGAACACAAUUGCAUUUUAUCGAUGGAAGUUUGAAUGCACAGAGAUACCAUGAUGAGAUCCUGAGGCCCAUUGUCGUGCCAUUCAUUCGCCGCCAUCACCUCAUGUUUCAGCAUGAUAAUACACGGCCCCAUGUCGCAAGGAUCUGUACACAAUUCGUGGAAGCUGAAAAUGUCCCAGUUCUUCCAUGGCCUGCAUACUCACCAAACAUGUCACCCAUUGAUCAUGUUUGGGAUACUCUGAAUCAACGUGUAGGACAGCGUGUUCCAGUUCCCGCCAAUAUCCAGCAACUUCGCACAGCCAUUGAAGAGGAUUGGGACAACAUUCCCCAGGCCACCAUCAACAGUUUGAUCAACUCUAUGUGAAGGAGAUGUCACGUCGCACGAGGCAAAUAGUGGUCACACCAGAUACUGACUGGUUUUCUGAUCCACGCCCCUACCUUUUUUUAAAGGUAUUUGUGACCAACAGAUGCAUAUCUGUAUUCCCAGUCAUGUGAAAUCCAUAGAUUAGGGCUUAAUGAAUUCAUUUCAAUUUACUGAUUUCCUUAUAUGAACUGUAAUUCAGUAAAAUCUUUGAAAUUGUUGCGUUUAUUUCAGUGUAUUUAUCAUAUGUUUACCACGUGGUGAAAACAGUUGGAUCUGGUAUAAACGUGUUGUAAAGACUUGCUCGUGGUGUUUUAUGAAACAUCACUGUCUUGUCAUUAUCAGGACAGGAAUCCUUUCCGUUUUGGGACCAUGUAGGAGUGGAGUUUGACAGGUCUGUCCUGUUUGACGGCUUGUCCUUCAGUUCCUACCACCAACCUCACUGGAUCAAC